AUGAUGUGGAGAAACUUCUCCAAAGCCCUCUGCAUUGGGCUGGCUCUGAUCAUUGCUGUCAAUAUCCUUUUGGUAUUUUACACCAAGGGAAGCUUACAAAGCCUGAUUCAGGGUACGCUCCACAAGGAUCUUCCUUUGCCUUUGGCUGAGUGGGAUGGGGCAAUGAUAAAGAGACUCUCUCACUUGGAGGUGGAUUUUCAACAUCUGAAAGAAACUAUGGAAUUGGCUAUGAAGCAACAAGAAAAUGUUAACAACAGACUAAAGCAGGCAGUGGAAACCAUGGCGAGUGAGACAAAGCACAAAUUCCACAAGAAACUCUUCCCAAACUCACCGCUUUUCAAGCAGUGGGGUGAGGGUCUUUCUGAGGCCCAGCAGAAAAAGGCCCAGGACCUCUUCCAGAAGUUUGGUUACAACGUUUACCUCAGUGACCAGUUGCCCAGCAAUCGUACUGUCCUAGACACACGAGAUUCCAGGUGUCUUCAGAAGACAUAUUCUUCACAACUCCCAUCCCUCAGUGUCAUUCACAUAUUCAUGGACGAAGCUCUGUCUGUUAUACAACAGGCCAUCACUAGUAUCAUCAACCGGACCCCCUCUCGAAUGCUGAAGGAAAUCAUCUUGGUGGAUGAUUUUAGCUCAAAUGGAGAACUAAAGGCACCUUUGAAUGAGAAAAUUAAGUUUUACAAUCGGAAGUAUGCAGGACUACUGAAAAUAAUACGACACACCAAGAGAAAAGGUCUUGCUCAAUCACGCAACACUGGCUGGGAAGCUGCCACAGCUGAUGUGGUUGCUGUCUUGGAUGCUCAUAUUGAAGUAAACAUCGGGUGGGCAGAGCCCAUCUUGGCUCGGAUUCAGGAAGACCGCACCGUGAUUGUGUCUCCAGUGUUCGACAACAUUCGUUUUGAUACCUUCGAGCUGCAAAAGUAUGCAUUGGCGGUUGAUGGGUUUAACUGGGAACUACGGUGCCGCUAUGAUAGUCUGCCACAGUCCUGGAUUGGUCUGCAUGAUGCCACUGCUCCAGUGAAAAUUCCUUCCAUCAUGGGUAUCCUGGCUGCUGACAGGCUCUUCCUGGGAGAGAUGGGGGCCUUGGAUGGCGAAAUGCUAGUCUAUGGAGGAGAGAAUGUGGAACUUAGCCUGAGGGUGUGGCAGUGUGGAGGGAAGAUCGAGGUCUUACCUUGCUCCCGGAUUGCUCACCUAGAGAGACACCACAAACCCUACGCCUUGGAUCUGAAUGUUGCUUUGAAGCGCAAUGCUCUGCGAGCAGCUGAAAUCUGGAUGGAUGAGUACAAAGACAUGGUCUACUUGGCCUGGAAUGUGCCUCCUGAGAACUCUGGAAUGGAUUAUGGAGACAUUUCUUCCAGAAAGGCACUCCGGGAGAAACUGAAAUGUAAAAAUUUUGACUGGUACCUCAAAAAUGUUUAUCCACUCCUGAAGCCCAUCCAUAGCAUCGUGGGCUACGGAAGAAUGAAAAACACAUUGGAUGACAGUAUCUGCCUCGAUCAGGGACCCAUUCCAGGCAACACUCCUAUCGUGUUUUCCUGCCAUACAUACAGUCCACAGAAUGUCUACUACCACCUAAUGGGGGAAUUCUAUGUGGGAGCACUGAUUGCAGAGACAAAUACUGAGGAUCGCUGCUUGACUGACCCUGGCAAAGGGGAGACUCCCACUUUGGAGCCAUGUUCCAAGGCAGCCAAAAAUGGACUGCACAUAUAUUGGGAUUUUAAACUGGGAGGAGCCAUCGUAAACAGGGCCACCAAACGGUGUCUGGAGCUCCAGAAGGACGUUUCAGGUACCUAUGUGCCUGUGCUCCAGACCUGCACCACACAAGUGUGGAAAAUACAACAUACCAUCAGGAACUGGGGAUCAAACUAA